AUGAAAUUUGCUGUGGUUUCUGGUGCUGCGUUCUUUGCUGCAAGCGUCUUGGGCGCGUGCAACCCGACAACGUCGUCGUCGUGCCCUGCCGACAAGGCGUUGGCGCUGUCGUUCAAAGAGGACUUUUCCUCCAAAUCAAAGUACUUUGACGAGGUCAAGAGCGAAGGCUUGUCGUACUCGGACAACGGCUUGGAGUUGAAAAUCGCCAAGCGCUUUGACAACCCUUCCAUCAAGUCCAACUUCUACAUCAUGUUCGGCAAGGUCGAGGUGGUGAUGCAGGCCGCCAAGGGAAAGGGUAUCAUCUCGUCCUUCUAUCUCCAGAGCGACGACUUGGACGAGAUCGACAUCGAAUUGUUUGGCGGUGAUGCCUACCAAUUCCAGUCCAACUGGUUCUCCAAAGGCAGCACCACCACCUACGACAGAGGCGUCUACCACAACAUGGACAGUUCGCCUUUGGACAAUUUCCACACCUACACCGUGGAGUACACCAAGGACGCUGUCACAUGGUCUCUCGACGGCAAUCUUGUCCGGACAUUGAAGCCAGACAACGGCCAAGGCUUCCCGCAAACGCCAAUGUACAUUAUGGCCGGCACCUGGGCCGGAGGAGACCCUUCGAAUGAGCCAGGCACCAUUGAAUGGGCCGGCGGCACCACAGACUACUCGCAGGCGCCAUUCCUGAUGUAUAUCAAGUCCGUCAUUGUGGCUGACUAUUCGACCGGUUCGGAAUAUAGCUACAGCGACCAGUCCGGCGACUGGACCUCCAUUGACGCCAAGGACGGCAAAGUCUCGGGCCGCGAGGACCAGGCAAAGGAAGAUUUCGAGAAGCUCCAGAGCGGCGGGUCCGUGUCUAACUCGUACUCUGCGGCCUCGUCUUCGACGUCUGAUUCUUCCUCAUCCUCCUCUGAGCCAUCGUCCUCGCCAUCUUCAUCCUCGGCCUCUUCUUCUUCCGAGGCCUCUUCAUCCUCUUCAUCGGAGCCAUCUUCGUCUUCGGCCUCUUCGUCGUCUGAGUCUUCUUCUCAACAGCCUUCCUCUUCUGAACAGCCUUCUUCUUCUGAAAAGCCUUCAUCUUCUGAAAAGCCUUCUUCUUCCCUGCAAACCACCACUUCUGCUGAAAAGUCCGAGGCACCUUCGUCGUCUGCUGCGGCUCCUACUUCUUCCGAGGCUCCCACUUCAAAGGCUGCUGAGGCUGCAUCGGCCACCUCUGCUUCUCCUUCUGCCGAAGCAUCCACAAAAUCUGGUUUUACUACCAGCACAAAAAGCGCCCUGCCAAGUGGCUCAAGCUCUAUUCUCGCAUCCUCCAACAAUGCAUGCUCCCAAGGUUUGAGCCUCAUUGUGGCCGUGGCAUCCUUCUUUGGAUACUUGUUAUAG